AUGAUGUUACGGCCAAUUCCAACACUUUCCACACUUUCCUUAUUCUUAUUAGGAACUCUGCCGGGCAGAGUUCUCGCUGGCCAAACUCUUACGACAACAGGCUACACAUUAUGCUUGGCCGACUCGAAUAUCUCGGUCGAAAAGAUGGCCGUUACAUAUGAUAAUGACGCGAAAACAGUCACCUUUGAUGUGGCCGGAUCAAGCACCAAGUCUCAAAACGUCACUGCUACGAUCAAUGUUACUGCAUAUGGGAUUUCAGUCUAUUCGAACUCUUUUAAUCCAUGUAAAUCUGAUACUUUCGUAGAACAGUUAUGUCCGAUUCCCGUGGGAAAUUUUGCUGCUUCUGGAACACAGGCGAUCCCAGACAAAUAUGCCUCGAUGAUUCCCGCGAUUGCUUUCUCGGUCCCCGAUAUUUCCGCCAUUGCCACAGUCGAACUCAUGGAUUUGGAUACUGGCGUUGAGGCUGCUUGCGUACAAGCAGAUGUCACCAAUGGAAAGACCACCGCUCUUCCUGCCGUCACCUAUGUUGCAGCCGCCGUAGCUGGUGCUGCUGCCAUCGUAGGAGGGGUAUCUGCACUAGGUGCUGCAGCAAGUGGAGCAGGCGGAGGAGGAGCUGCAUCCAGCCCUUCGUUUACCGAAUGUAUAGGUUGGUUUCAGGGUAUGGCUAUGAAUGGAAUGUUGUCCGUCAAGUACCCUCCAGUCUAUCGACAAUUCACCAAGAACUUUGGGUUCAGUACUGGUCUUAUUCCUUGGUCCGGCAUGCAGACAUCGAUUGAUAAUUUCCGAGCCGCUACCGGAGGAAAUCUGACUGGCGAUAGUGUUACAUAUUUGAAGAAUGCUACGUUAGUAUUUUCUGAUGGGUCAACUGACACUCCCACCAAACGAUCAUUGUUCUCGAACGGAGUACUCUACGCUCGAGAUGUUGUGACGUCAAUCAACGGAACGGAUACUGCUAGUGACACCACGAACACAACCGCAAUCAUCGAAGAAAAAGUAGCCGGAAUCAAGGCAUACGUCGAAGAGCUUUCCGUUCCCCAAGCCAACACUUUCAUGACCAUUCUCCUGAUUGUUGCAUGCAUAAUUGCCGCAAUUGUAGUCGCAGUUCUCGCUUUCAAGGUCCUACUCGAGACCUGGGCACUCUUUGCAUCUUUCCCCAAGGGACUCACCGGGUUCCGAAAACACUACUGGCAAACCAUGGCUCGUCUCAUGGUGCAGUUGAUCCUGGCUCUCUAUGGUGUCUGGGUACUUUACUGUAUAUUCCAAUUCACCAAUGGAGACUCCUGGGCUGCUAAAACACUUGCUGCUAUAACAUUAACUAUUUUUACUGCUGUUCUUGUCUUCUUCGCAUACAAAAUCUCUUCCGCUGCAAAGAAACUCAAGGCGAGAGAUGGAGAUGUAUCGGGAUUGUACGAGAAGAAAGAUAAUUGGCUCAAAUACAGCAUGUUCUACGAGAACUACAAGAAGGAUUACUGGUGGUUGUUCGUUCCAGCUAUCAUCUACAUGUUCGCAAAAGGAUGUGUAUUAGCCGCAGCCGAUGGACACGGGCUCACUCAAACUGUUGCUCAACUCAUCAUCGAAUGUCUCAUGCUCGGUCUUCUCCUCUGGAGUCGCCCUUACGAGAGAAAGUCCGCAAACGUCAUUAACAUGUUCGUCCAAGCCGUGCGUGUUCUCUCCGUAAUCUGUAUCCUCGUAUUUGUCGAAGAACUCGGUAUUGCCGAAACCACGCAAACCGUCACCGGUGUCGUCCUCAUCGCCAUCCAAUCAGUACUCACAGGUACCCUCGCCAUCCUCAUUGGUGUAAACGCCAUCAUCUCAAUCAUCAAGCAAAACCCCCAUCGCAAACGUCGCAAGGAAGCCGAAAAACUCAACCGCGACCUCGACAAUCUCACCCCCCUCGACGCCCGCAACUCCCUCCUCAUGGACUCCAAAUCCAGCAUCCACUCCUACGACGCCGACCCUAAGCAUCCUUACAUGCACAGCACGCACGAAACGCACGAAACCUCGAGUUUCAUGAAUGAGCCCGCAAACCCCUAUUCGCGCAGCCGGGAGAAUCUCGUCGAUGCCGCGGCGCCGGUGGCGGGAGCUGGAGCGGAACUUGGAUCUGGAUCUGGAGCUGCUCAUGAGAGUCGUCAACCUACCGUGCCGAAUAUGAAUGCGGGUGGUGGCGCUUAUAGGGGUAUGGCUUAUUAG